AUGAGUGAGCAUCACGUACGGAGUAUAAUCGAAGAUUAUUUUAAAAACUUAUUCACGUCUGAGAGGCCAAGAGAUUGGGGGGAUAUUCUUGCUUUCGUUCCUGCAGUUAUCUCGGACGACAUCAAUGCUUCUCUUUUGGCCCCGAUCUCAAAUGAGGAAAUUCGAAUUACUGUCUUCCAAAUGGUGGCCUUGAAAUCGCCAGGACCUGAUGGUUUCUCUGGAAUUUUUUACCAAAAGUACUGGAGCAUUGUGGGAAAUGAUGUUUGCAGGUUGGUCAAAAACUUUUUCUCCAACACCAUGUCUAUGGAAACGUUAAACAGAACUGAGAUUGCCUUAAUUCCUAAGGUUCCCCACCCAGAAUGGGUCACGCAGUUCCGUCCUAUCUCCCUAUGUAAUUAUUCCUACAAGAUUAUUUCAAAGAUUUUAGCAAAUCGACUGCAGCCUUUCCUGGAUAAAUUCAUCUCGCCUCAACAAUGUGCCUUCAUUCCAGGAAGACAGAUCCAAGAUAAUGUCUUGGUGGCUCAUGAAGCUUUCCACUCUUUAAAAAUUAGGAGGAAAACAAAAAUUUUUGAGAUGGGGCUAAAGCUGGACAUGAGUAAGGCUUACGAUCGGAUCGAGUGGGAUUUUGUGCAGGCGGUGCUGUUAAAGAUGAGCUUUGCUAGACAAUGGGUAGGAUGGGUCAUGAGGUGCUUAUCUUCUGUUGAAUUUGCUGUUAUUGUCAAUGGGAAAGUGGGAAGCUAUUUCAACCUGACUAGAGGGCUCAGACAAGGGGAUCCGUUAUCUCCAUACUUGUUUCUUAUCAUUAGUUAUGUGCUCUCUUCCAUGAUCAAUCAAGCUGUUACCCAUGUUUCAUCCAAGGAAUGA